GCCUUCCAGCAAACCUUAAGCAUAAGCAAGGUAGUUCAAGGUAGUUUAAUAACGAGAGCGAAUUCGUGAGGGCAUUCACAUAAUAUUUAAAUUGCUAUCUUGAAUUAAACGUUAUCGUAAAAUGCAAAUCAUUUACGGUUGGUUUGCUAUGCAGAUGCUGUUCGAAUACCAGGCGUGGUGUGAAACAAUUUAAUCUCCAGCGAAGCGUGUAACAGGUCAUUAAUAUCAGCGUAGGAAAAAAUUGUAUUCAGUUGACUGAUCGGCCGAAAUUCGCCUCAAAAUGGUCUGAAAAUUGCCAAGAACUUGCCAUUUGGACUUCGCUAUGGACUCGAAAUACACUCCUGAUCGAAAAUAUCCCGCAACGUCGCGAAAUUUCGAAGGAAAGCGCUCCGAAGUGGAUGGGAAACUUUCUCCGAGCAAUCGAGCACUUGAACAGGAUAAUAAUAAUAUAGACGGCGGACAGGAGAAACAGAAGAUGAAAGAUGGAAAUAAUUCCAAGCCAAGUUUAGACUUACCCAAAUGGUACAAUCCUUCGGCGAAUGGCGAAGACAAUAAGGACUUGAUGUGCGUCGUGCGACAAUUCUGCCUUGAUAAACCUGUAACCAUAGGACCGAUGACGUAUUGCCACGUGAAACUAUGCUAGCUUUUGGUAGAUGUUUCCGUUGUACAGUUUUAUAUCAAUUUUAGCGAGUGGGACUUGUGUUCUCAUUUGUGUAGUGAAUGAGAUUUGUAGUGAUUUAGUAGCUCUUAAUAAGUAGCUCUUAGCGUUAGUAACUCUUAAUAAGCUCUUAGUGAUUUAGUAGGUCUUUCAAACACUGAGCUCGGUCUGGAGUAAUACUGUCUCUGAAAGAGCAUAAAGGUCUUUUUAGCCAUGAGAUGGUUCUGUUUCACGCAUGCUCUCUUUUGAGCGAUUGCAAUUGGUGUCGUACAAUAUGAUUCUUUUAAGGUAGUACCAGCGAAUGUGUAUUCUUGAAUGUCGCCUUAAAGUAUAAGAAAUAAAGCAAUUUUGUAUGUUUUUCAAAAAA